AUGUUCAGUGAUGCCUCUUCCCCGUAUGAACUUCUUGGCCAUUUCAUCGAUACAUUUAAACGAAUCGUCAAUGCUAAUAAUGCCCAUAAAACCGUUUUGCGGCACGAGCCACGUACCCACUCGGGUACGGUAGAUCCUUGGCCGAAAACCAGCAUCAAGAUAAAGUCAGUGGGAGCUGUACCGCAGGAUGCGCGAGAACGGGUGGUGCUGUUAGUGGUGGAUAACAAUUCGUUGGAGGAACCAGUGAGCGGCGAGAAAGGGGGCCACGAAAACGGCCCCCGAAAGGGCCCGCUGGAUGGUUUAGCCUGCGAGCAACCAUCGAGGAGACCUAACCGGCAAGAGGGCGAGAAUAUUCGAACGACCGAGACGCAGGACUCCGAUACCGUCUUCGGUUCAGAUCUCGCCGCGGUGGACACCGGGCUGGGAUCGAUCGACGAGCGCAUAGAACUCAAUGAAAGAAUCGGAAGCAAGAAAACAAAGCGGCCGCAAAGCCCCAUAGUAUCGACGAUCGACGACGAUAUCCCGAUCUUGAUACACUGCAAACGUCAUCCGGAGGAACUUAACGGCGCAGCCUUGGAGCUACAAUCGGCCGGUAAUAAUUCCGACGCGCGCUUAAAGCGUUCGAGGAAGACGUUGGACGACGACAACGACAACGUCAACGACGACGAACAACCGGCGAGAAGAAUCUGUGCGGCGCAUCGGCACAAAGUGUCCUGUCACAUAACACGGACCCACGCGGAGCCACUCUGCCGAAGAGACGCGAGCCGAAGCCGGCCUUGUCGUGUUCAUGAUCGUCGACGAAACUGCCCGAGAGGAAAAUCGACAGAGAGACCAGAACACCGGCGUCUGAGGUACCACGAUCCGGAGAACGCCAUCAUUCGAUUAGAACAGGACCCGAUACUUCGUCCGGUGCGCAUCCUCGGUUGUCCUCCCACGGAGGAUCAGGAGAUAUCCUCCUUCCUGGAGCCAGCCGGGCCCAGUUACGUUUACCCGGACAUCAACGUGGGCCAGUUCGCCGGCGGUGAGCCGCCCUGCUUCGCUCAGCACAAUCCGGACAAUAUUCUGCCCAAGAGCCGCGUCGGCAGCAUCGCCAGACUCCUCGACGGGCCGAAUCGCGCCGUGAAGGACAUCAAUCGCAAGGUCCUGGCGAUGGCGCGAGCCAUGACGCCCGCCUGGUCUCUACGUCUGCUCGGCGUCAGCUGCGGCUCCGUAGUCUGCGCCUGGGGACUUUUGCUAAUAUUAUCCGUGCUCGGUGGCGGCGCCUCGCAUGGCACCGGGAUCGGUAGUUUCGGCCUCGGUAGUAUGACGGGUACGAUGGACGAUUUGAACGGAAUCAGGUGUCCUUGGGCGUGCACGUGCGGCGGACAAGAGGUCGAUUGCUCUCAUCGCGGCCUGACGCAGAUACCUGGGGACCUGGCGAGCUUGCUCAUCGCGGAAAAACUGUAAGUGUAACGUGUAUGCUAGAACAAUAGUACUUCGAGCAGAGAAGAGGAAG